CGUGAAAGGGAAAGUUGCACAACAGAUGUAAACAUUGCGCACACAGCACCGUGACCGUGACUGCCAAUCAUCAAAAAAAUUGUAACCGGCUUGAAAUAAAUCUGUCUCGAUUAACGUGAAAAUGGAACUGUUCCUGUACCGAGGAGAGUGGGGCCUUCCCACGAUAGACUACGAAUGCGCCAAAGUCCUGACCUACCUGAAACUGGCGGACGCCAAAGUGGCACUUAAUUUCAACGGCAACCCGUUCAGUUCACCGAACGGCAUGCUGCCGUAUUUGGUUACGGAGCAGGGCAAAAAGCUGGCCGGAUACAACCGGAUCGUUGAGUUUCUGCAGUCCAAGGGUUUCGAUGCGAACGCACAGCUCGAAGACCAGAGCUACAUCGUGAUAAACGGUUGCAUUCAAUAUGUGGUUGAAAAUCUUUCACCCUUUUUCUUGUAUAGCCUAUGGGGGGAUCCACAGAACCUGGACACGUCGCGGACGCUGUACGCCAAAAGAAUUCCCAUUCCGUUUAACUUCUACUGCCCGAGGAAGUACCUGCUGAAGACAAACGAAAUAACGCAGACGUUAGCUGGAUUUGCGCUGGACGAUUCCGUAGAGCUGCAUGAUGUCAAGGAUAUGCUAUUGAAUGCAAAAAAAUGCAUCAACUGGGUGUCGGAAAAGCUAGGUGAAAAUCAGUUUUUCUUUGGGGAUACACCCAGUGAAGUCGACGCUGUGUUGUACGGUUAUCUGUCUGUUAUUUUGAAGAUGAAACUGCCCAAUAAUAUUCUUCAGAAUCAUUUGAAAGAGUGUCCUAAUCUAGUGAAAUUCAUUGAUCGAAUGACGACGAUCUACUUUGCCAAAGAGAGCUACACCAGUGGUGGAUUGGUGGGUUCCAACUCGAACUCCAGCUCGUCGUCGUCCUCGUCUGAGUCCAAGCCGAAACCCGAGGAGAAGAAAUUCUACGAUGGCACGCAGAAGGACGAUGACUCACCAUACGACCGGAAGAAGCGGUAUGUCGUGUCCGGAAUUUUCGCCACCGUCGCAAUGGUUAGCUAUGCGCUGAUGUCGGGAAUUCUGCCGGUGCUUAGUAACUCUCACGGUAGAAACGGUUUCAUAUCUUACGAUGAACCUGAAUACGAUGACGAAGAAUAAACUUCGGAAUAAUAAUAAAAAUGAAUAGAAAAUUGA